AUGGACCACCUCCCAGUGAAGAUACAGCUCCAGCCGGUCAAACUGGAGAAGGAGCCUUUUGAGAAGAUUUACCAAGUGGGCUCUGUCCUGGGGAGCGGAGGCUUUGGCACUGUGUACGCUGGGAGCCGGAUUUCUGAUGGUGCGCCGGUUGCUGUAAAACAUGUGGCGAAGGAACGAGUGACCGAGUGGGGCACACUUAAUGGAUCCGUGGUGCCUUUGGAGAUCGUGCUGCUAAAGAAGGUCAGCUCGUCUUUUCGUGGUGUUAUCAAAUUGCUGGACUAUUACGAGCGCCCGGAUGGCUGGCUCAUCGUUAUGGAGAGGCCGGAGCUCGUCAAGGACCUCUUUGACUUUAUCACUGAGAAGGGCGCACUGGACGAGGACAUGGCCCGAGGAUUGUUCCGCCAGGUUUUGGAGGCGGUCAGACACUGCUACAGCUGUGGCGUAGUGCACAGAGAUAUCAAAGAUGAAAACCUGCUUGUGGAUCUACGCACCGGGGACCUCAAGCUUAUUGACUUUGGCUCGGGGGCGAUUCUCAAGGACACGGUCUACACUGACUUUGAUGGUACUCGAGUCUACAGUCCACCAGAAUGGAUUCGGUUCCACAGGUACCACGGGCGGUCUGCGACUGUGUGGUCACUAGGCGUUCUUCUUUAUGACAUGGUGUGUGGAGACAUCCCAUUUGAGCAAGAUGAGGAAAUCCUGAGAGGCAGGCUAUACUUCAGGAGGAGGGUUUCUGCAGAGUGCCAGCAGCUCAUCAAGUGGUGCCUGGCUCUGCGCCCUUCAGACCGGCCCACGCUGGAGCAGAUCUGUGACCACCCCUGGAUGAGAGCAGCAGGCGUGGAGUCCUCCCCAAAGUCGCCGGAAGAGCCCAGUGUCAACAGUGGGGACAUCCGACUUCGCACCAUCGAUACGGACUCUUCGUCAAGCACAAGCUCAAGCAAGGAGAGCCUCUGA